GACGCGAACGGCGUUUCCGGAGGACGCGAAGUGCGUCGGACCGGCCAGAGGAGGUGGUGGAGGACGAGCGAAAGGAAGCUGGGGAUGGCUUCUCCUUCGUUUGCCCGUGGACUAUGGCGGGGCUGCAGCAAAAGGUUAAUUUCCACUGCAUCUGCUCCUCAAUUUUCAACAGCAGAAAUUGCUCAAAGGCGCAAUGAUCUGUUCACAAAAGAGAAAGAAAGACAACUGUCUCUUAAUCCACGGAUUGAGAAAAUUGAAGUAAAACAUGUGGGUAAAUCACAUCCCGGCACCUUAUUUAUAAUGAACAAAGGACUUUCCACUCCAUACAGUUGUGCUAUGCAUUUAAGUGAAUGGUAUUGUAUGAGAUCUGUGCUUGCCCUUGUAGAUGGGCAGCUCUGGGAUAUGUACAGACCUUUGACACAUUCUUGUGAAAUUCAGUUUCUUACUUUCAAAGAUGAAGAUGCAGAAGAAGUAAACAAAGCUUAUUGGCGCUCUUGUGCUAUGAUUCUGGGCUGUGUUUUAGAACAAGCAUUUAAAGAUGAAUAUUCAGUUACUCUUGUUAAAGCUCCAGAAAUACCAGUGACAUCUGGAGCAUUUUGCUAUGAUGUAAUCUUGGAUAGCAAACUUGAUGCAUGGACGCCAACUGAGGAAAAUCUCCGUUCUCUUUCAAAAGAUGCUUUCAGAUUAAUUCAGAAAGACUUGCCGUUUGAAGUGCUGGAUGUCGAUGCAAAAGUGGCACUUGAAAUAUUUGAAUAUAACAAGUUCAAACAGGAUAUGGUUGAAGAAAGAGCUUCUCAAAAUUCCAAAGGAGUAGUUACAGUGCACAGAUUUGGUGAUUUUGUGGACAUUAGUGAAGGGCCUCAUAUUUCAAAAACUAGUUUGUGUGAUCAGUAUGAAGUGACAGCAGCUCAUAAGCUUCAAAGCAGCCAGUCUGAAUUAAGAAGAUUCCAAGGUAUCUCUAUACCACACCAUUUAAAGCUUUAUCAUACAAUAUGGCACAGAUUACGGAAGAGAUCACAGAAACUGAUCAGUGAAAGAAGACCAAAAGAAACAAACGAUGGAAAUGAAAUUACAAACGUUGAACUAGCCUGACCUUUUCUCAUCUGUAUGUGUGGAAAUACUUAUGAAUUAAAUUGAGAUCGUUUUAAAGUACAGAUUCAUUAUUCAGAUCAAUUCCUUGAAAUCUUUGAGAGAAGGUUUUCAGAGACUCACAGAAAAUCACCCUUGCUCUACCAGAUUAGAAUUUAGAUGUAAUGGCAAUAAAAAAAGAUUGCAUAUCCAUGGGUGUUUUACAGUAUCUGCAGGCACUCAAAGCCUGUUGCAAAAUGAGAGAUGAGUUCAGAUACUUAUCCUGACAGAUGUUGGAUUUUCCUCUCAGCUUAAAUACCUCUACAAUUCACAGUUAAUGAAUAUGAGCAAUAAGCCUGUACAAUAAGCAUUCCAAUUCAGUUUGAAUGGAAGAUUCAAAGAGGGUGUGAUUGAAUUUGUGUUUGCAGUUUGAUAUUUGGAGGCAGAUUGAUUUGAACUAUUUAAACAGUUGGGAUUCAGAUUAGAAAAAAUACAUAUCCAUGGGCUGUAAGAGCAAAGCAUUGAAAUACCCACAGAUGUUUAUUAUUGAAUGAGAUAAAAAUAGUAGGUUCAGCAGACUUUUUAGCCCUGUCACGCUUCAGCUGGAUGCUACAAAAUAUUUUUGAAAUAAUAUUCUUGAACCUCUUUGAAGGCAAAGAGAGCUUGACUUGUGCUUACUGAACCAAUGUAGCAAGUACUCUACUCCAGUUUUAAAAUAAAGAUGUUCAGAAAAUAUUUUAAGAUAAGGUUUAUUUUCUGGAGUGCCAAGCCUUGCCCAGAACACUAAAAAAAUGCUUUGCUGAUUCUAUCUCUGGAUUUGCAUAGGAAAAUAGAUAUAUCAGGAUGAUUUUCUUGCUGCUUUCUGAAAAGAACUUUUUUCCUCCCUGUCGGAACUCAGUUGUGUUGUUGGCAACAGUUAGUCAGAGAAAUACAAUUCUAUAGAGGUAGGCAGUUGAGAAAGAAAAAAGCUAGCACAAAAAAAUAUUUAAUAUGCUUAUAACCUUUAUUUAAAAAUAAUAAUAAAUGUUUCAAUGUAUUACCAUGGUCCCUUUUUAGUUCUUACAAAGAAUUAAUUUUGCCCAAAUGACACUGAAUGUAAGCGUUAGCUUUCAGCCAAUAAUACAUAAUCUGAUUGGCCAGCCUUGAGUCCAUAUUCAGAUUGCUGAGAAUUGAGUUGAAUCAGUUGUGUAGGCAGAACUAGUAUCAAAGUUUAAUACAUGCGAGAGAACAAAUUUCAGUUUUGAAACUGACCACAUUAAAGAAGCCCAGAGCUAAGAGGGAAUGAAGUCCUUGCCAGUUCAAGAGAGUUCUGGUAAUAAGAGGUUAAAAAUUUGGUAGAAUUCAGACUAGCUGCUGAAGCCUGGGUCAGAGAGUUCAUCACUCUACUCUACCGCUAUCUCUGAUAUUUUCAUUUCUGAAAAGAAAAUGUCAACGUUGUGUGUCCUCAGUAAUGAGUUCAGAAGGGGCAAAGCAACCUUUUAAAGUCUGAGGUGUUUUGUAAGGCUAACAAAGUGCUUCACGGUCAUCUAGUUUGAUUUGCUGCUUCAAGGUGGUUCCCUGCAUUGAUUCAUGAAUGUCCUUUGAUGUGAUUAUUUUACUGAACCUUCCUCUAAUUAAAAACCAAAGCUUUAUACAGCACCAGUGACCAGACAUCCUUAGUCUCUAAUGUUUUCAGAUGUGCUGAACUGUCCAUAUCCAACAUUUCAACCUGCAAGAUUCUGACUGUGAAUUCAGAGGCUGCAAUCCAAAUAUUUGGAAGGAAUAAAGUUGGAAAAAGUAAUUGUUAUAUGUUUGAUACUAGAGCAAUGCUACCAAGUUGCACGUUCAAAUCUAAUCUUUGUAUUUAGAUUUAGUGUUCAAAUUAACAUUUAUAUAUUAGUAAAUGCUACUACUGUUUCACUAUAGCUACACUGGGCAUACUUUGUACCAACAUGAUAUUUUGAAAGCUUAUUUUAAUUUGAGUAUGUACCACCAUUGAAUGUAAACAGGAGGGCAUUGUAGCUUGUACAGAAAAUUUCUGAAGUUCAAAGUUGAAAUUUCCAUCUACUAGUGACAAUUUUUUAUAUGCUGGUAAAUAUAACUAUAAGAGAGAAAAACCAAUUAAUUAAGGAUGUAAUCAUGCUAUUAAAAUGGAAUUUGUAAUUUGUAAUCUUGUAAUUCAACAGCCUGAAAUAUAUUUUAGGUUAUUCCACUUUAACUGUGUACAGGUCUGGCUGUUACCUUCUUUUUUGUGUGUUAAUAUUUGGUCUUUUUUUGUGUGGGUUAUUUGGAAAGAGAUCAUAAUGCUGUCUGUAUUACCAUGGUCCCCUUGGUCAAAAGGAACAGCAUGAAUUAUCACUAUGAAUCCUUAAUCUAUGGAAAUAUCUUGGAGCCAAAUCAAAUGUCCAUUGCUUUCAAGAAUUAAUAUCAGUCAUAGUGUCUAACCACUUAGCCCUAUACAUCUACAACACGUUGAGUGGAUUGCAGGUAAUAAGGCUCUUUUUAUGUAGGCAAAAGCAUGUUAGUGUAUAAGGGAACUAAUGUACUCUUAUGAUAGUUGCAUUUGAAGCAUUUUUAAUGAAUCUCUUAGGAUCUCUGAUCCACUAUCUGCAGUGCUGAAGUUUUUUUUUAUUGCCUUCUUGAAAUAGCAGAACUUUCAUGCUUCUGAAACUCAGACCGUGGGAAGUGAGUUAAGUAAUAUAAAGUUUCUGGAAACAUUGAAACAACGAAAGGAGAAAAAGUGGUUCUAUGCCAAAGGAUAGGUGGGAGUAUGGAAAUUUUGAAAUGUGUCUCUUUUUAAAAGAAAACUUAAACUAUCCUGCUUUAAGAAAAUAAAAUGCAUUUAAAUGUUCUUUACAACUGAGAGCAUAGCAUGUUUAUUUUUCAGAUAUAUUUAAGAGCUGGAGAUUGUGAAUUAUCAAUAGUUUCCCUAUAUUUUAAACUGCAAAUUAUGUCAAUUGUAGCCAGUGUGGCUGUGGAUAGAAAUGAUGGGAAAUGUGAUCCGAAGCUCUAACUAGUAGAUAGAAAUUUCAACUUUGAACUUCAGAAACUUUCUGUAUGAGCUACAGUGCCCUCAUGUUUACAUUCAAUAGUGGUACAUGCCCAGAGUGUAGUCUGUGAAGUGAAACAUUUUAACCUGAUCUUUUUUUUUGGCUUCAGAAAUUUUUUUUGCCAACACAUUACGCAUCAUUUUAUUUGUUGUAACUUGCUGGUAUCAACAUGAAUGGGUUUUGGCAUGACAGAAAGAGUUGUAGUGUAUCACCUGUGCUUGUCAGUUGUCUACAUAAAGAUGUAUUGAUAAAGUGGUUUACUUUUGUUGGAAGAAAACAAAUGCAUGCUAGCAAACUGGCAAAUGAAACAGUUUCCUUUAUUUUUUAAUUUUAUUUGCUUUCUUGCAAACAGCAGCAGUAUAUUCCAUAUUGGAAAAGAGCACCACACCCUAUUAAUGCUAACAUGUAGGAGUUGAUCAGAAUAAAACACCUAUCACAAUUAGCAUUAACAGUGUAUGGCCUGCAGAUUUAGUGUAAUCCAUAAAGGUGAAGCUUCUGGAUAAUUCUCUCUAAUUUACCUAUAAUAUAAAAGCAACAAUGAAUUUAAGGCAAUGGGGCACAUGCUAAACAAAUCAAGCACUAUAACAUAUAAAAAUAAAUAUUAUUAAUAUAUUCUGUUAAUAGAAAUACAUCUCAACAGCUUUAUCUAUAACAAUUACUGUGCCAAUUUUUUUUAUCGAGUUUGGUAUACAAGUAUUAAAAAUAUUUAAAUUGGAUAAAAUGGUAUUUCAAGCAGAAUUGCAUAUGUGAAUUUUAAAAAAUAAGAUUAUUUUAAUUGUGUUAAAUAUCUGAAGGAGACCCAGUUUGGUGUACUAGUUAAGUCACCUGGCUUUAAACAGUUCUAAUCCCCCCCCUUCCCAAGUCAUGUAGCCAACUGAGUGACCUUGGGCCAGUAAUUCCUUCUCAGCUCCAGAAAGCAGGCAAUGACAAACCACUUCUGAAAUAUUUCUGAAAGAAAAUUGCAAGAACUUCUCUCAACAAUCACCAGGUUUCAACAAUAACUCAAGCAGGAAGUGUAGACCCGCUUUUGCUACUAAGCUAUGGGAAAUGAGUUGUUUAAGAUCACUUGAAUUUUAUGGUUGUAUGAAAAUUUGAGAUUAGACUUCCCAUUUCUAAAUUCAGGAAUAUUAAUCAUAGUAAUAUUAAUACUAUUAAUGUAAUACAUGAUUUGUAGAUUACCAUGUAAAUGAAACAUAAUAAUCCUUUCUCUCUUAGCACCAACUACUUGUACUUGAGAAGCAGUUUCUGGUGGUUUAAUACAGCAGGCAUUUUUGGAGACUUGGCAUUUUGGUUCAUAGUGUCUGCUUUUACUGUCCUAAAUUGCAGCUCCAGUAAUUGAGAGACCUAGUUUAAGUACAUAAACUUAUUUCCAAAGUUUUUCUUUUGGGGCGAGAUGGAAGUAAAUGAAAUAGCUUUUGUUUUCAUAGUAGUUGCAGUUAGUAAUCGAAAAACAAAGAGGAAGUAGAUGUUGGGUUAAGAUGUGGUAAGUUAAUUUAAGUGAUAAAUGGAAAUUGCUUCUUCCUUUUUAUUUUAAAUUAAACCAGUUAGGUAUAAUCACAAGACACAAUAGUAAAUGCCCAGAAGAAACAGUAAAUGUGAACUAUAUGAGCUUUUGCAAACAAAUGCUAUAUUAUAACUUUUGAAGAAAGUGUAAAAUAUGAUUACCAGCAUUCCAGAUUGCUCCUCUUAUGAACCGCAAUGUAUAUUCUCUAGUUGAAUAUUUCAAUCAAUGAUCUCAAGAUAACCUUGCAAGAGUUUUCCUUGCAAGCUAAGUACAUAAGUAAUUGGGCUUUCCUGUUUAGCGUAGCCAAGAAUGCCUCAUUCUUAUUCCUUAUCCUGAUUCAUAAAGGUUUGUGAAAAAGCAAAUGAUUUAGUUCUCUGUUGUCUUACAGACCUCAGAAAAAUGAAAUGCUGUCUAAGGGGAUGGAAUUGCUUUAAGUCAGGUAGUGGAGGUUCAGAUAUUGUUAUUAGUCCCAGUGUGGAAAUUACAGUAAUCUCUUCUCACAGUUACUAGUUUCAAUUCUGCUUAUGGAUAAGAACAUAUAUGACCUUAGUUAAUAAUGUCUACCCACAUAAAAGCCACAUAUUACAUGGUUAUUUGUAGGGUAUCAUUUACCUUCCAGAAAUUUUGAACUUUUAUUGAAACAUAUAGAACUUAAAAUGAUAUUUAUCCAACUGAUCUGUUCACAGUUAAACAUUAUUUGGAGACUUUAAUAUAUUUUUUUAAUGAAAGCAUACUUUGAAUUUUCCUUUCUUCUGUGAUGGCUAGUAGUAGUAAUACCCUGUAAUAAUAUGGUUAUAGAUACAAACCAGUCCAGAUGGCUAUCAAAGGCUACAAUUGUGUAUCCAUUAUCAAAGCAGAAUAAAAAUACUCCCGCUAACAGAAUUACAGUAUGUGUAGGAGAUAUGAUCAGCUUAGUUUUCAACCUUACAGAGUACAUUUGCAGGGAAUUUCCCUCUCAAAUAGAUGAACUUAAUGUAUCUCUCCCUCAGAGUUACCUGAAUUGGUACUGCUCAAGGAAGGGUUAUUACUUGAUUUCAUUUUAUGUGUCACUGAACCAUUAGAGAAACCUGAAUACUAACAUCCCUGAAUAAUACAUAUAUAACCCUAUAUUAAUAUAUUUAUGGCACUCUAUUAAUACGCUUUCUUGGAAGUAUUUGGUAAAAAAGAACAACCCUAAAUUAAAAUUCUUCCUAUAAAAUCAAAUUUUGUUUGACAUUUCACAGAACUAUCUUAUCUGAGUUGUAUUGUAGCAAAGAGAAACCCUCCCUGAAAUUAGUAAAUUGAACUGGAACUAUACACAAGAAAUUCAGAAACCUGAGUUAAAAUUUUUAAAAAUAUUCCAUGGAAGUUUUUAACACUAAAAUAAAUAUUUUUAAGAAAUGUAUAAUUAUAAGUACAUUUUCUAGAUAAUCAUUUCUAAAGGUUUAGUUUUUAAAGAGGAAUGCUGAAUAAAUAGCAUAUUUAUAAACAAUUCAAAGAGUGCAGUGUUGAAAACCAAUAAAAAUCAGUGGAAGAGAGUUGCAUUUAAUUCAAGUCUUAUUAAUACAGUGGUUCUUCAAUGUAAUUGACAAAUUUGACAAAUUACCUUGUCAAAAGAAAAAAAAUACAUUGUGUAAAAUAGUCAUUCUGUAUGUGUAAAUGCGGCCUAAUGUUAAAUCACUAGUGAUGAAGCUACUAUGAGUCUCAUAUGUCUUCUAUUUUGACAGAAUUAGUCUGGCCUGAAAAUAUUGUCUCAAUUUCCUAUGGCAUACAAAGACUACCCAUGGUUCCCACAAGUAUAAUUUUAACUAACUGUUCAUAUUUUUUAAACAAAUAUUCACAUUUGUUUACCUGUCAAUGACUCUGGACCCAUGCCUGCUCUGCUUCAUUGCAUCUUGUAGUUUUAUUUUAGAAAGAAAGAAAGAAAAUGAGAAAACACCUACCUGUUAUUGGAAGCUGUUUCCACAUAGACAUAAGUAGUUCAGCAAAGCAGCCACAGACUUCCUUUCGUUACGUUUCAUGGAAAUCAAAAGUGCUCAGUGUGUAGGUUCUAUUCUGUCUCUUUUGAGAAAAAGGACCAUAAAUAAUAAGGAAACACGAGGUUCUCAGUGGCCCAGAAGUUGCUGGAACUGGUCUCCUCUCUGGCUCUGCACCCUGCAUCCUUGCUGCAAAAGAUAGGCAAAGAAAGCCAGUCCUAUAAAAUCCCAAGAUCUUUUAUAUAAGUCAUGAAGGUGACUCAUCCUCUUCUAUGCAGGGGUUCCCCUACAUCUUUUUCUUCUUAGAAUCUAAUGCUCAGGUUUUUUUCAGUGGCAUUAUAAAAUUUCCAUGUAUGUUAAAAAAAACACUGUACUUUCUAUAGAAAACGGGUUGAAUAUAUGAAAUAACUAAUUAUUUGCAUUUGUGAUGUAAGUUUUCUAUUUUCAGUUGUAUGAAUGGAUCAAAUCUAUUACUGAGCAGUGCCUAGCUUAUCAUUGUGAAACACUUUUGUCAAGUCAUAGCAAAUUUUCCUCUAUCCCUCAAGUGAACAGAAAAUUGUGUCAAGUUUAAUUAGACAAUGCAGUUGAAGUUAUAAGGCAUGCAAAUGGAUCUAAAGGACUAUUGGAUGUUUCUGAAUACACUGAUAUUAAAAUUUUGUCAGAUGACCUUUUUUUCCCAAUCAUGUACAGGUAGUCCUUGAUUUACAACCACAAUUGAGUCCAAAAUUUCUGUUGUUAAGUGAGACGUUUGUUAAGUGAGUUUUGGCCCAUUUGACAACCUUUCUAACCACAGUUGGUAAGUUAGUAACCUGGUUGUUAAGUGAAUCUGGCUUCCCCAUUUAAUUUCCUCAUCAAAAGGUUGCAAAAGGUGACCUUGGGACACAGUAAUGGUACAAAGUAUGAAUUGGUUGCCAAAUAUCUGAAUUUCAAGCACAUGAUCAUAGGGAUGCUACAAAGUUUGUAACUGAAAAAUGGUCAUAAGUCACUUUUUUCAGUGCUGCUGUAACUUUGAACUGUCACUAAAUGACCUGUUGUAAAUUUAGGACUACCUGUACAUGGUGCUUAUGUGCUUGUUCGUUGUGGGUCAUAUUUCGUUGAUUGUAUCUGCAAUAAAAGAUAUCCACUGCUGUGA